CUCCCUCAAAGGUUGUGUGUUUGCGUGCGCCAAGUCACGAAUUAUGGACGAAUGCGAUUGUAUACCUUACCAGUACGUCGAUCUUGAUGACACGUCAAUUAGAUUAUGCAACACUCCUAAGUCUGUACGGUUGCUUUUUUCGGUUAGGAACGACAUUACACCUGAUAGUUUGCAGCUGUCGUGUCGCGUGCAACGAAACAGAAUACGAGUUGACAAUUUCAUCAGCCACGUAUCCGGCAGAAAAUUACGAGGACUUCAUUCCUGACAUGGUCAGAGAGGGAAGUCUCGCAGUGCGCAGGACACUGGCGACGUGGCUGAACACCAGCGAAUCGGCAUUGAAAAGUGGCGCCGAAUGUCUUAUAGAAAAAUCGUACUGUACAAAUGAUUCCUAUGAUUUCACCGAGACUUCCGAUGACAACACAUUUUUUCAGGCAGUACAAGCGGGAAGAUCCACUUUCUCAGAUCAGUGUUUAUUAGAAAGAUAUGAAGUCUCAAGAAAACAAAAACUGCCAGAAGGCAACCGUGAGUCAGACAAAAGGAAGCGUAAGACACUGAACUUUGGUGAGCUUUCUAGCGGAGUCGGCGGCAUGUUUGGUCCUGCAUCGGCUUGCUCGUCUGCUCACCUCGUCGACAACCGUGUGCUGGAGUUACCGGUGUUAUUGCUGCGAUUGUCUGCCGUCUGGCAGGGGUGCAACAAGGUUGAUGAGACGCAAACCACGAUGUCCAGAUAG